AUGGUCGCCUCUGAGUUGUCCCAGGCGGCGCGGGCUGAGAUGGCCGGGCCGUCACAGCUCACGGCAGCGCUGAAGAAUGACGCGCCGGUGGCUGCGCCAUUGGUUAACCGGGUUGGACAGAGCAAGAGCCCUUAUGUUCGCAGCCAUGCAGAGGGCCGCGUCGCCUGGCAACUCCUCGAUGAUGAGGCGAUCGAGAGAGCGAGGAAGGAAAACAAGCUGAUCUUCCUCCACAUUGGCUUCAAGGCCUGCCACUAUUCCCGACUCACAUCCACCGAAUGCUUUACCCACUCCGAAUGUGCCAAAAUCCUAAACGAGUCCUUCAUCCCCGUCAUCAUCGACCGCGAGGAGCGCCCGGAGCUCGACACGAUAUACAUGAACUACGUCCAGGCCGUCAGCGGAUCCGGCGGCUGGCCUUUAAAUCUCUUCCUGACCCCUGAGCUCGAACCUGUUUUCGGCGGCACUUACUACCCCGCCCCGGAGCCAAACAGCAGCAACUCUGCCGACGACGAGCGUCUAGACUUUUUGGCUAUCCUGCGAAAGCUGCAAAAGGUCUGGAAGGAGCAGGAGGCCAGGUGCAGGCAGGAGGCGAAGGAGGUUGUCGUAAAGCUGCACGAUUUCGCCGCCGAAGGGACCCUUGGAACCAGCGGUACUGUGGCGCCCGGCGUGGCUGGCUCCCAAGCCGCAACACUCGCGAGAUCUGAGACCGGACUGGAGCAUCCCGGAACAGGCAGGACGGCUGCGGCGGUGUCGAGCGAGCUUGACCUGGAUCAGUUGGAAGAGGCCUACACGCAUAUCGCGGGCACGUUUGACCCCGUGUACGGCGGAUUCGGCCUUGCGCCCAAGUUCCCGACCCCGCCGAAGCUGUCCUUCCUGUUGCGCCUUCCUCGGUACAUCGCGCCUGUUCAGGAUGUUGUUGGCGAGACUGAGUGCGCCCAUGCCGCCGAGAUGGCUCUCUUCACGCUGCGAAAGAUUCGCGACAGUGGCUUGCGUGACCACGUCGGAGGCCAUGGCUUUGCACGAUACUCCGUAACAGCAGACUGGAGCGUACCUCGCUUCGAGAAGCUCGUGGUCCACAACGCCCUUCUCCUCGGCCUGUACCUGGAUGCGUGGUUGAUUGCCAGCAGCGGCGAGAAGGACCAAGAGUUCCACGACGUUGUGGUGGAGCUGGUGGAUUACCUGACGACCUCUCCUAUCUGCUUGCCCAGCGGUGGUUUCGUUUCCAGCGAGGCCGCGGACUCGUACCGUCGCGGGGAUAGGCACUUGCGAGAAGGAGCUUACAGUUUGUGGACGCGCAGGGAGUUUGACGCCGUCAUCGGUGACGACCACGAGGCAGCAUUGGCCGCUUCCUACUGGAACGUCCUUGAGCACGGCAACAUCGAGCCUGACCAGGACCCGAACGACGAGUUUGUGAACGAGAACAUCCUGCGCAUUGUCAAGGAUAAGAGCGAGAUCGGACGACAGGCGGGCAUCACCACCGACGAGGUGCAGAGAGUUCUGGAUUCGGCGAGGCAGAAGCUCAAGGCGCACAGAGAAAGGGAGCGUAUUCGGCCCGAAGCUGAUACCAAGAUUGUUGCUGGGCGCAAUGGACUUGUUAUCGGCGUUCUUGCGAGAACCGGAUCAGCGCUCUUGUCUAUUGACCCCGCCAGGAGCAGGGCAUGCUUUGAGGCAGCAGGCAAGGCUGCCGCUUUCAUAAGGGCCAACAUGUGGGACGAGCAGGAAAAGCUCCUCUACAGAAUAUACAACGAGGGCCGAGGCGACACCAAGGGCCUGGCUGACGACUAUGCUCAUCUCAUCGAGGGUCUUAUUGAUCUUUACGAAGCCACAGGGGAGGAAACGUGGAUCGAGUUUGCGGAUGAGCUUCAAAAGGUUCAAAUCGACAUCUUCUACGACAGCCCUUCAAUCGGCACCUCCGCCCCCGAACCUCCCGCCUCCCGCUCCUCCUGCGGUGCCUUUUACACCACUGCCGAGAACGCGCCGCAUACUAUCCUUCGCCUUAAGGACGGCAUGGACACGGCGCUUCCUUCCACUAACGCUGUCUCCGUUUCUAACCUCUUCCGCCUUGGUGUCACCCUCAGCGACGAGGCUUACACUGCCCUGGCUCGUGAGACGAUCAACGCCUUCGAGGCCGAGAUUCUGCAGUACCCCUGGCUCUUCCCUGGUCUUUUGUCGGGCGUCGUGACUGCUCGUCUCGGCGGUGCAACCUGGGUCGUCAUCCGCAAAGACGGUCAGGACGAGGACGACAUCACUAAGAGAUUGCUGCGGAAGUUGCACUCCGAGGCUAGAGGCGGACUACGAAACCUGCUUGUGUUGCAAAGUGAAAACGAUCUGUUGGCGAAGAGAAGCCCAGCGCUCCAGGAGCUUGUGCGAACGCAAAAGCCGGGCGCAUACCGCCUCGAAAACGGUGUCUACCGUCUCGUCACGAGGGGAGACUUGGUGUGA